GAAAACACCGGAAUUAAUUAAUCCCAAACCCAACGAUGAACGUCACUUCACAAUACAUUAUCCAUAACGGAAAAUCAUCACAUCUACAUAAACAAAAUCAAAAUAAAUAUAAACACUACAAAUUCUCAUAAUGUAUUACUAGUAGAUAUGAACAUUCAUGAUGAAGAAUUUAGAAGAAUGGGUUAUUUCCUCUUAUUUCUACUGUGCCUAAUAAUUGUAACCCUUUUAAUUACAACUGCCUCUUAUAUAUGCUCUCUGCCAAUUGCUUCAACUCAAUCACCUUCUUCUCCUCAGCCUUCAGUUAUUGGGCGUGACACACACUCUAACCACACAACAAUCACUGUUUUGGCUGUGGAACCAGGUGAAGUUCUACACUUGGACCAUACUACUACUCUAUGUAGAAGCUAUGACCAAAUUAAUACUCUUCCAUUAGAAGGCAAAAUGUGUGAUAAAAGUAUUAAUAAUUCAAGUAGUUGUUGUUGCUCUAUAUGUUUGAUGGAUUACAAAGAAUCAGAUUUGUUGAGAAUGCUUCCUGGCUGUGGUCAUUUCUUUCAUGUUACUUGUGUUGAUCCUUGGUUGAGAAUGAAUUUGACAUGCCCUGUUUGUAGGAAGACAUAUCAAUCGGUAUAAUUAACCCGCACAAUAUGUGUUUUUGUUGGAUUUGGAUUCUCGACCACACCUGCACGAUGCAUUAGUUGUACGAACUAUGAUCUAUAUUGAAAAAAAUCUUCUCUAUAGAUUGAUCUAACGGUCUUUAUACUUGUUGCACUAUGGUACUAUUGUAAGAUAUCAAAACACGUUUUUUGUUUGAGUUGCGGAAUAAUUAUUGACUAGGAUACGUAUGAAAUAUAUUCCAUAUUUGAUUCACGUAACAAAAUUAUUUGAUAUUGCUCUAGUGUGCAAUUUAUUUGAUAUUGGGACAUGUUUUCCAUUUUUUCAUAGACAAAUUUGUUGGUGGUUGUAUGUUAAAGGAGAACAAAUUUGCUAGCACUAGUGGAUCUACUUCUUAAUAUAUGCUUUUUGUGUCCCAA